AUGUUGGGUUGCUUUAGCGACAUUUCCAUGGCAUUGGGGGAGCUCCAUCAUUGUAUCCAGGUUGGCUGUUGCAUGGACGAUAUUCGAAAAUUCGCACUGCCGACUGCGGUCGCCUUCGAGGUGAAUGCGAAGGCCAGCGUUGGUCGCUGGAGUGGGCUGUCCGAAGCCGAUGGAGCCCUGUUUGGUGAGGAGAAUCCAAAGAAGUUGAAAUGGAGCGGUGUUUCAAGCAGAAGCCUCAUGACAGAGGAUGCCCAGGACGACGACCAGAGCCAGAGCACUCAAGGUCCGACCGUGCUUGGGCCAGACUGGCCCCAAAGUGUCACGCAGCGCAACUUCGGCACGGAUGGAGUUCGGCAAUCAAACCUAACCACCUUGAUGGCCAACAACAAUUCGUCGAUGGUGCCGCAGGAGGGUUUGAACGCUGUGAUCACAUCCAGGUUCGCUCAUUGUGUCCUGGAACCAAGCUCCAAGAAACGUAUCGCGUUUGACAUGGUAGCCAUGAUCUUCCUGCUGUACGACCUUUGUAUCACACCUGUUGCCAUUGCAUGGGAUUUCCCCAUGUCAGGAUGGUUGCUGUAUUGCACCGCCACCGUUGCCUUUUUUUGGACAGUGGACAUGGUGGUCACCUCCCGCACGGGGUUCUACCGAGCAGGUGUCCUGGUGUUGAGCCCGAAAGAGAUUCUGAAGAAAUAUGCCCGCACGACCCUCUUCCCAGACUUGCUGAUCGUGCUCAUUGACUGGUUGACGGUUUUUAUCAAUGUGAUCUUCCCGGAAGAGCAGGCCGUCGAGAAUCCGGAGUUGGUUGGUGCCAAACUGGUGCGUUUUUCCAAGGUCACCCGAGCCAUUCGCAUUUUGAGCGUGACGAGGGUGAUUCGAAUCCAAGAAUACCUGGAGCAUGUGGGUGAUCGUUUGCAUGGAGGAUCAUCUUUGAAAUAUGUGGGUGACAUGGCGCGCUUGGUUGUCAUCAUCCUUUGGAUCAAUCAUGUCAUGAGCUGCACCUGGUUCUACGUGGGCCGCAUCACCACUGGUGAUACAGGUACCAGCUGGCUUGAUGAUACCAUCACGGAUGAGAACAGCCCGCUCUACUAUGAUACCAUUCCGCUCUUUCAAUACACUACGGCAUUUCAUUGGGCGAUUACCCAAAUGACGCCAGGAUCCAUGCAGGUCUUCCCCAGGAAUUCGUUCGAGCGCUUGUUCAAUAUCUUCGCGUUGGUUUUUGGGAUGUUCUUCUUCAGCUCAUUGAUUUCAUCGUUGUCGGCCACUAUGGUGAACUUUAGAAUGAAGAGCACGCAAACUGCAAAUCAGAUGUCGGAGUUGCGGCGCUUCCUACGGCAAUCAAAGAUCAGCUCCAAAUUGUCUGUAGGUCUUCAGAAAGAGGCGCUGGAACGAUUGAUGGAGGUGAAACCCCUGAUGGUGACGGAUGUGAAAGCGCUGAAGUUAUUGUCAGCUGAUUUGCAGAAGGAGCUGCAAUAUGAGCUGUGCCUGCCAUAUUUGAUGCGCAGCGGCUUCUACCGAGUGUGCCAAGCGGCAGAUACGGCAGCGUUGAAGUCCAUCAUGAUCGGCUGCAUGAGCUUCACGGUGUACAUUGCAGGCGAAGCUGUCUUUGAAGCAGGAGAAACGGCCACAGCUGCAUUCAUUGUGGAGCGAGGAACCCUGGAGUACGCCCAGAACAAGAAGACAUCCAAAGUGAGGCGAAAGACUCGGGUCUCAAAACACACCGAGAUCAUUCUAUCGGAGCCUGCGCUCUGGACACACUGGCCGCAUGUUGGGACGUUGGUCAGUCCAAACCCAGCGUCGCUGUUGAAGAUUAUGGUGGACAAGCACGAGAGCAUCAUUCGGCAAACAGAAGCAAUGAGCGACUUCGCUGCGGAGUUUGCCUUGCAGUACCGGCAGCGUCUGGCGAUGGGCCAUCCACCCCAGGCGAAUUGGCCUAGCGACUUGGAAGUCCCGCAUACCAGCUUUGAUGAAAUCAUCGUGAAUUCCUCGAGGGACACCAGGCGCUUGGUGAGCAAUCUGGCCUUGGAACAUCUAAAAGAUCAGGCCUCAUCAGCUUGGGGAAGAACGUUCGGCAAUGUGACAGGCAAUCCGCCAAAGAAUCUGGACGCAUUGGAAAAAGAAGUGGACAAAGACAAGUGCACGCUCAUAACAACAAUGAAUGGAGAGGUGGAAAGGCUUGCUGCGGUCACGGCCAUUGAGAUUCGACGACCCAAUGGUACUGUGCUGAUGCAAUUGGGAAGUUGGGAUUCGGCUGAAGGUUUGAAGGUCGCCUGUAAAUUGCCGGGCACGAAGCAAGAAGUCGCGGAGACCGCCGUUGAUGCGAUGCAGCGGUUGUUGAAGAAGGAUUUGCUGCCUUUCGAAAGUGUCAUUGAUUUGAGCGAGGUGCAGGCGAUGCACGAAGUGGAGUGGUCCCGCUCCGAAAAGUACAGCCUGCGAACAAAGUAUUUGCGAACCAUCUUCCAAGUCAAUGUGGAGGAUGACCUCAAUGAGGAUCAGCUGAGGGUUAUGCGGCUACAAGCUGAUGGGAAGCCUGCGCGUCAGAAGCAGAGGGUAUCACGCUUCAGGAUGAAGCCCAACAACAAGUCAUUUUCACAAUCCGCCGACUUGGGAGCGACUGAUGAAUCCGAUGCCUACUUCGCAGAAACUCAUGAUUUGAUUGGCUUGCCGCAUGGAGAUCAACAGAAACUGAUUAUUUGUGGCUGGCUGCAUGAUGAGGAAGUAGAGCGUUUCAAAGGAACUGCUGAGGGUCAGGCGGUGUUGUCACGGUGUAUCUCUCGAAUUUAUGUCGAUGAAUUGGUGAUCAGUUGCGCCAAGGAGGCUUGCAACCAAUGCUUGGCCCCGCCGAGCAAUGACACCAGAGACAUCAUCCUGCCAGAGGAUCAAGGGGGCCUUCAUCACGUCGAGGGCCAGUCCAGCUGCAGAACCAGUCGUUCCGGCAGUCGAAGUCGGGUGAUGUCUGAUGAUUUUUUCCAGGUCGGCACUGAGGCUGGUGCCCAAUAUAGACCCACCAUCCGUCCUGAAGACAUGGUUGAUGAGGUAAAAGACAUGGUGGAUGGGGAUGUGUAG